AAUCCAACGGUCAUUACUCAAUCUAGGUUGAUUCAUUCAUUCACUCACGAACAUCAUUCCUGUCAAGUGUCAAAGCUUAAACCCUUUCCUUGUUCCCCCUUUCACUCUCAAAACUCACAUAACCCUUUCAUGGAACCCUCUUCACCAUAGCAUCAAAAAAUUCGAGUUUCGUCAUUCUUCUGUGUUUCACAUAACAUGCGUUUUCGUUAUCCUCACGCUGUAAUUCCAUUACUAUCUUCUUCUUCUUCUUCAAAUUUUUUCACUAUGAACACUCAAACCCUCUUCUAUUCCAUUCCCUUUUCAAACCUCAAAAAACCCCUUUUUCCACAAACGCACCGUUUUCAACCUAAAAGAGGCAUUUUUACCGUUUUUUGUGCUAAACGAAGUUCCAAAUACCCUCCUCCGCCGCUUAAAACCAAUGGUUAUCAUGGUGCUUCUACUGCUAAUGUUCCUAGACCAGUUCAUUUGGAAGAGAAUAAUGUGGAGAUGCAAUUUGCUAUUUUGAAGAAGAAGCUGGAAAUUGUUGGAAUUGAAACUGGAAUUUGUGUUCCUGGUCAAUAUAAUCACUUGCUUUGUCCUAAGUGCCAAGGCGGUGACACGGUAGAAAAGAGCUUAUCUAUUUACAUUCCACCAGAUGGGGGGUCUGCUGCAUGGGUGUGUUUCCGCGGAAAGUGUGGUUGGAAAGGCAGCACCCAGGCCUUUGCUGGUAGCAGCAGUUCAUAUUCUACGGCAAUGAAUCAAUUAAUCCCAGCGAAGAAAAAAAGACAACUUAAUGAGGAGGACUUGCAACUUGAACCACUUUGCAAUGAGCUGGUCGCAUAUUUUUCAGAGCGCUUGAUUUCGAAUGAGACUCUGCAGAGAAAUGGUGUCAUGCAGAGAAAAUAUGAUGACCAGAUUGUUAUUGCAUUCACAUAUCGCCGUGAUAGGGCGCUUAUUAGUUGCAAGUACAGAGACAUCAACAAGAACUUUUGGCAGGAAGCAAACACUGAAAAGAUCUUUUAUGGAUUGGAUGACAUAGUUGGAGAAAGUGAUGUUAUCAUUGUUGAAGGUGAAAUGGACAAGCUGGCAAUGGAAGAAGCUGGAUUCCGAAAUUGUGUUAGUGUUCCGGACGGCGCACCUCCAUCAGUCUCUUCAAAGGAGGUGCCACCUGAGGAAAAGGACGCGAAGUAUCAGUAUCUAUGGAACUGUAAAGAUGAACUAAAGCAGGCAUCCCGGAUUAUCAUUGCCACCGAUGGGGAUGCACCUGGUCAAGCCUUGGCUGAGGAGCUUGCACGCCGCAUUGGAAAAGAAAAAUGCUGGCGUGUCAGGUGGCCUAAAAAAGGGAAGUCUGAUGAUUGCAAAGAUGCAAAUGAGGUUCUCAUGUAUUUGGGUCCUGAUGCACUGAAAGAAGCAAUUGAGAAUGCAGAAUUAUAUCCUAUUCGUGGAUUGUUUAACUUCAGAGAUUACUUUGACGAGAUUGAUGCAUAUUAUCAUCAAACUUUGGGAUACGACACUGGUCUCCCAAGUGGCUGGAAUAAUCUGAAUGGGUUAUACAAUGUUGUACCAGGAGAAUUGACCAUAGUAACCGGAGUUCCUAAUUCAGGGAAGAGUGAGUGGAUUGAUGCUCUUCUUUGCAAUCUUAAUCAAAGUGCUGGCUGGAAAUUUGCACUUUGUUCCAUGGAGAACAAGGUUAGAGAACAUGCUCGGAAACUUUUGGAGAAACACAUGAAGAAGCCUUUCUUUAAUAGCCGUUAUGCUGAAGAUGUUAAACGGAUGAGUUUGGAGGAAUAUGAACAAGGCAAGGUCUGGUUAAGUGAUACUUUUUAUCUCAUAAGGUGUGAAGAUGAUGCUCUUCCAAAUAUAAAGUGGGUUCUUGACCUUGCAAAAGCAGCUGUAUUAAGAUACGGGGUGCGUGGACUUGUAAUUGAUCCUUAUAAUGAGCUUGAUCAUCAGCGAUCCCCAAAUCAGACGGAAACUGAAUAUGUGAGCCAGAUGCUUACCAUGAUCAAACGUUUUGCCCAACAUCAUGGAUGUCAUGUUUGGUUUGUAGCACAUCCCAGACAGCUGCAAAAUUGGAAUGGUGGUGCUCCUAAUCUUUAUGAUAUAAGUGGAAGUGCACACUUUAUAAACAAGUGUGACAAUGGAAUCGUUAUUCAUCGUAAUCGGGAUCCUGAGGCCGGGCCUAUUGAUCAAGUGAAGGUUUGUGUCCGAAAGGUGAGAAACAAGGUUGCAGGGACAAUAGGUGAGGCCACAUUGUCAUAUAACAGGAUAACUGGCGAGUACUACGAAGAUGAUAGACAGUAAAGAGAUAGCAGUCACACAAAUCAUUUUUGGGGUAGGCUUGUAAUACAGGUCAGCAAGUAUGUGUUGAAUUGAAGGUACUAUAUCUAAACAUGGAUAUGAUUUUUUCACUUUAGGUGCUGGAUCAAUAUCAAGAGGGGUAAAUAACAUUUUAACACGGGUUAUUAAAUUUGAUUGUAUAAUAUUAUAGUUUUAGCCCGAUUAGUAUCCUUUAGCUGUCCUUUUAUAGGUGUUAAGAGUUACAAUAUAUUUAAUUUUGCAGUUAAGCAUGUGCAUCCUUGUAUAUAGUAGUAUAGAUAUAAGAUUUUCUUUGCUGUAAUGACCCUGUUGAUCUCAAAGCAUUGAGCUCUAGUUUUCUUUGGCUUGUUAAUGCUGUUUGCAAUUCUGUUUAUCGAGUUCGGAUGGAUUGUAACGAUCUUUUUAGUAUGUACUGCAUAACUGCAGACUUGGUCUGUUGCACGAUAUUCAGUUAAUGUAUUAUUGAUGGUUUAUUCUA